CUGUCCAGCAUUUCAGCAAUCGGUGGCGGCGGCGCCCGCGAGGAGACAGCGGGCGCGGGGCCGUGGGGGCCCGCGGAACUGCCCUGCCGAGCCCAGCCGAGGAGCCGGCCCGGAGGCGGUCCGGACAAGCGGGGCCGAAGGGCCUGACUUGAGCGCCCUGCGGAGCGCAGCGGUCAGCAAGGAGGGCCAACACCAGCGGCUCUGGGGACAGCCGCUAUGUCCUCCACCGUUAACAACGGGGCGGCCAGUAUGCCGUCCCCGCCCGACGCUGCAAACGGCUUCCCGCAGCCGGGCGCCUCUUCGGGGAGCUGGCCGCGGGCGGAGGAGGACCUGCGGGCCGCCGAGCCAGGCCUGGUGAAGCGCGCACAUCGCGAGAUCCUAGACCACGAGCGCAAGCGGCGCGUGGAGCUUAAAUGCAUGGAGCUGCAGGAGAUGAUGGAGGAGCAGGGGUACUCGGAGGAGGAGACCCGACAAAAGGUCAGGACUUUCCGGCAGAUGCUGAUGGAGAAGGAGGGAAUGCUCACCAGAGAGGACCGGCCUGGAGGCCGCAUCGUGGCGGAGACCCCGAGGCUGCCCGAGGGCGUCGAGCCGGGCCUGGAGUACGCGCCCUUCGACGAAGACGACGGUCCGGUGGACUGCGACUGCCCGGCCGCCUGCUACCGCGGGCACCGGGGGUACAGGACCAAGCACUGGUCCAGCAGCUCGGCGUCGCCCCCUCCCAAGAAGAAGAAAAAGAAAGGCGGCCACCGGAGGAGCCGCAAAAAGAGGAGACUAGACUCCGAGUGCAGCUGUGGGAGCUCCUCACCCCUGCGCAAGAAGAAGAAGAGUGUGAAGAAGCACCGCAGAGACAGGUCUGAUUCUGGGUCCAGGAGGAAGAGGCGGCACAGAUCUAGGAGCCCCAAGAGCAAAAGAAAAGAGAAGAACAAAGAGAGGAAGAGGCCACAGGAGUCUCCAGGCCGGAGGUCCCAUCGCCACAGCAGCAGAAGUUCCCACAGCCCCUCACUCUCCACCCAGGACAGUGAUUCCAGACCACCGAGCAGGCUGAGCCCCAAGCACCGAGACGAAAGUCGGAAGACAGGCAGCCAGCAGUCCAGCGGGAGCCGAUCGCCUUCCCCGUCGGGCGGCAGCGGCUGGGCGUCGCCCCAACAGAACGGAGGCAGCGGGCAGAGAAGCGGAGCGCGCGGGAGCCGUCCGGACUCGGCGCAGAGCCCGCCCGAUAAGCCCAGCUCGCCCUCGUCCAGGGUUGGCGACCAGGUGGAGGCCGGCGCAGCUCCGUCGCCCGCGCAGGGGAAGGACAGCGCGAGCCCGCGCUCCGUGCCGUCGUCGCAGGGCCGAGGAGACCGAGCGGCGGGCGGACGGGCCAGGCGGCGGCGACGGCGGCGGCGGCGGCGACGUCGGCGGCGCUCGCGGUCCCCGACGUCCGCGCCCCGCCGCAGAGGCCGCCGGCGCGGCCGGCCCGCGCCGCCCCGGGGGUCUUCGCGCUCACUCAGCAGCGACUCGGGCGGCGGCGGUGGCGGCGGGGCGCCCGGCCCCGAGCCCGGCUCAGAGCGAGGCCACGGCGGGCACGGUAAACGGGCCAAGGAGCGGCCCCCGCGCGCGCGGCCGGCCAGCACCUCCCCGUCCCCAGGUGCGCACGGCCGGCACGGCGGCCCGGAGGGGAAGAGCUCGUCGCGCAGUCCCGGCCCCCACCCGCGCUCUUGGAGCUCCAGCCGUUCGCCCUCCAAAUCCCGCUCGCGCUCGGCGGAGAGGAGGGCCCGCAGCCCCAGCCCUUCACCGUCGCCCAAGAAACCGCUGGGCCGGGACAAGGACGGCGAAGGCCGCGCGAGGCACGCGGACGCCGAUGCUGCCCGCGCCCGGCGCCGCUCCCGCAGCUAUUCGCCCAUCCGCAAGCGUCGCCGGGACUCGCCCAGCUUCAUGGAGCCGCGGCGCAUCACCAGGUCCCGCCUGCUGAGUGGCCUGUGGCCAGCCUGGGGGCCAAGUGGACCCCCUCUCCACAGGCUGCAGGGGAGAUGCCCAUUGCCCGAAAGCGGCCCAUCCCCUACUACCGGCCCAGCCCUUCCUCCUCCUCCUCCAGCUGCCUGAGCAGUGACUACUCUAGCCGGAGCCCCAGUCGCAGCCCCAGUCCUGGCCACAGCCACGGAAGCUACAGCAGCCACAGUCGCGGGACCCGAAGCCGCACGCGCAGCCCCUCCCGGACCCUCAGUCCCAGCUACCACAGCCGGAGCAGCUCAGAAAGUGGGGGCUUCUGAGCCCUCAGAGACCCAACUUGGUAUCCCCUGGCAACAGGGAGAAGCUAGGGGUCAGGCCCCAGGACCCAUGGGGGGGCCUACAUCCUACUGCUACAAGGAGGUCCCAGGGCCAGGGAAGACCUUGAGGUGGGUGCCCUGCAAACAAGGAGGGGCUGGAUUCUGUUACUUCUAGAAGGUCCCUACCCCCACCUCCUACCUGACCACGAUGUCCAGGGAACAAAGAGCCUUUUCGAACACAGGGGUCACCCUGUCCCCCCCUUCCUGCUUGAUGCCAGCUCACCAGGCUAGGGAUCUUAGCUCACUGGACCCAGGGACACUUCCAAAGGUGCCAAUCCUGGGAGCCUCCCCUACCUACUUCACAGGGCCCUUGGCUCAUCUCUGUCACUAGGCAGGCAAGGAGGUGGGAGAGCAAGCAGGAUAUUAGAAGGAAGAACGGACUAACCCUUGGUGUACCACCGUCCAGGCUGGGGAGCUGCUUCCUUCUGAGUCAGCUGCAGGAGGACCCUGGCUAAGGGUUGGAGGCUGGCCCCAUAGCCUCCCCAGCCCCUUGCCCAGGCCCUCACCUAGUGCUCUGGGCCAAGGCCACACCAACCAGGCCUUCUGCAUGACAAUAGAUGGGCCACACAGACCACAGCUGAGUGUGACUGAGAUGAAAAGGGGUCCGGGUCAGGAGGCGGAAGAGAGAAGGGGUGGGCGGAGGAAGAGCCUGUGAGAAGAGGGGAGAGGCAGUGCAGCCUGAUGGCUGGGCAGGCCCUGGUGUUCUCACCUGCCCCUUGUCUGGGAUCACAGGCAAGGACGAUGUGGGCUUCAGGGCCUGCCCGAGGGAGCACUUCCUCCUCAGGGUUUGGUGGGGGUGCGGCCAGCCAAGGCUUCCCAGAGAAGGGUGCUAUAGCCCUUGGAAGAAAGAGUAGGAUCUAGAUGAGGACCUUGGCCUAGGGCAUCGACAGGAGGCAGUGGCCCCCAGCCCUCUUCUGCUGCUCCCAGCCCCCUCCUCCUGGGGCCCUCAGGGAUCUCACAAAGUCUUCCUUGGCCCAAUAGGGCAGAUGCCCUGGGCUCCGGUGGGGGGAGGGGUCUGGGAUCUGGUCCGGGUUCCCCCUCUCUAUUUUCCACUCCCUUUUUUUCCGCGGUGCGGAUAAAACUUGGGACUCGAAUAAAACACUCAGUGCCCAAAGGGCAGGUGGUGAGA